AUGUCGAUGAGAAGAGAUAGUGAUAAAUUGGAAUAUUGUGAUGAAAAUGAAACGCAGUGUAAUGGUGAAAUGGCAGAUAUGAAUUGUAAAAAUCAUCCUUCGGAUAAAGUGACAUUUUAUUGUUAUCCAUGCAAAGAACCAAUCUGCAUUGAAUGUCUUCGGUAUGAUCACAAAUCCUUAAAACACCACUAUGAAAGUAUUAGCAGAACUGAAUCCCGUCUUGAUAAAGAACUAAGUGCUAUAAAUGAUAAAAUUGAUUACUUGGAAAGCGUUGAACCCCAAAAGGAAAAGAUAAUUGAAGAAAUCGAUUUUCAAUAUCAUCAAGUUCAGCAUAAAAUCAAUGAAACUUAUCAAACUUUCGAAAUUCUCUUGAAAAAAUAUCGAGGUGAAAGUUUGAUCAAGCUAGAAGAACUGCGAAACUCACGAAAGUCUAAAGUGAUCGAGGCGUAUUCCAAGAUGAAUGAUUGUUCCUCGGAAAUAACCAAUGAAUUACACCAAUUUUUCACACAGCUUUUAAGAAGUAAUAGCAUGUUAGAUAAUAUUGCUCUUAAAGAAAAAUUAAUUAAAGAGCUUAAAAAUUGUGUCGAUCGGAUGUUAAAAUUGAAAAAAGAGUUUCAUGUGGAUUUUACUAAAUUUAAUGAGCAAUGUUUUUCAGAAAUGAUAGAUGACUUUAGCAAAACUAUUGAGGAAAAGAUGAUUCUGAGAAUUUAUCACUCUUUGAAUCCGUUUUUGGAUAAAUUAUCAGACAAUGAUAAGUCUACUCCUAAGGAAGUAACAAUCGAUCAUCAAAUACAUGAUUUGAAUGGUGUUAAUGAACAAACUGAUGAGUGUAAUUCUUCGCAAUUACCUUCACCACCAAGUCAAGAAACUUUAAUACCAAAUCAAGAAGAACAAUCUGAAGAAGAAAAGGAAAUUUUGAUGGUGGAAGAAAAAGAAAAAUCUAGUGCCUCUGAUAAAAAUUAUUUAGCUGAAGAUCAUGAUUCCAGAAAUUCUCCAUUAAAGUAUUUUUUGGCAAAAAAUAUUGAUCACAAUUUUAAACCAAAAAGUUUGAAGCUAGAAAAAUCAUUCAACUAUUUUAUAACUCCGCAAGAUUUUAUCUUGAACGCUAAAGAUAGUAUUAUUGUUGCAGACACUGGAAAUCACCGAAUUGGAGUUUACGAUCGAUAUGGUAAUCACAAAUUAGAAUUUGGACGCUAUUGCGAUAAAAAAAGGCAUCUUGUGUAUCCCAAGUAUGUGAGCAUAUUCAUUAAUAGUAAUUCCCAAAAUUAUGGAAACAUAGUCGUUUAUGAUAAAGAAAAUCAUUGCUCUCGGUUACAAAUAUUUUCUGAGGGUGGAAAUUAUUUACAAGCUGCUAAAUUUCAAGAAAUUGAUACAAUUAAUGCUCUGACAACGACAAUGGAUGACCUUAUUAUUACUGUGGAUGUAAGCAGGCAGGUAUUUAUCAUUUCUGACACCCUGGAGAUAAUUAACAAAAUCGAUUGUCACGGAUUUCUGACCGCUCCAUUCUAUAUAGCUGCAAAAGACGAUGAAAUAUUUAUCGCUGAUUGGAAGAAAUGUUACAUAAUAGCUAUUAAUAGAAAAGGGCAGUUCUUGGGAUGCAUUGGUUUUAAAAAACAAACCUUUUGUCCUCGAGGAUUCUGUUUGGUUGGUGAUAAAAUAAUAUUCACUCAAAUAAAUCGUUAUCAUGAUGCUGUUCUUUUUUAUGAGUAUUCAAGGGAUGGAAGCUGUUACUUGAAAUAUAUAUUUAAACAUAAAAAUAUGCAUCAAUCAGGCAGAUUCGAGAUUACAAAGGAUGGUUUUAUGGUAUUGCUCAAUAAAUUCCCAUUGCCGAAAAUAAUGAUUUUAAAGGGUUCAAAGCACUUCAAUUAA